UUUUCUAUUCAUGAACUUACAAAGAUGGCCUCUGCAGUAGCGGCUUCCCAAUGUUCGGUCCUGGAUGUGGUUCGCCUGCCGAGCCCAUCUAGUCUUAUAGAGAUGGUCACGUCCUCUGCUGGGACGUUGCAUGAGGGGCUUUGGUUCCUGAAGCGCUCGGCAGGUGGCGAGGAAGGGAUCCGGGACAGCGUGUCGCGAAACGCUUUUGCGCCAGGACGGGAGGGCUUAGCAUCUACUUGCUGGAAGGCUGGCCUCAAAGCAUCAACGCUUCGUGCGGUUGACCUGAAAGCCUCACUGCUCGGAGUUGUGAGCGUAGGCGGUCUGAUCGCUACGGCAACACAGGCAGCUCUGAGCCCUAGAGGUCCAGGUACUUGCGACCGGAACAUGUGCGAACGCUGCUGCAACAUUACCACGUCGAUUCCGUAUGUUGUGUGUGGUUGCCACGCCAUGAGGCACCGUUGCACGGCCAGCGGGAAGACUUGGGGUGCAAGCAUGGUUGGGGUUGGUUUCGCCAGCGCGAUCUUCCAUGGCUCGUACGGCUCCUUCCGGGAAUGGGGCCGGCGGAUGGAUUUCUGGACGAUCUCGGCGGCUAGCAACUUGAUGACGCGCGCUCUGUUCCCGGGCGUGCCGGCGUCAGUGACCGCCGCGGGCAUGCUUGUGACGCCGUUUAAGCCAUUCCUAGUGUCGUUCGUGAACAGCACGGCCAUGGAGAUCAAAUUCCUGGCUGCCGCGCGUCGCAACCCCAAGCUCCGAGGGCCGCAGCGCCUGCAUGCAACCUGCUGCCUCUUAGGGCUGGGAGCCUUCGCUCUGGAGGACUGGAAGCCGGACCUCCCGCUGGUCCACUCGGUGUGGCAUUUACUAUCCUCGACAGCGGUAGCCACUAUCAAUCAUCUGCUUGCCGACGUGGAGGAGCAGCAGCGGCUAAUGCAAGUUCAGGGCGUCGAGCAGCGGCCCCAGCUGGUGGUGCAGAUGCAGCCCCUGCAGCUUUAGGAUUUGGCGCAACUGCCGGCAGACGGCAUUGUUACCACACAAUGUUCGUCCCAGCCCGUACGUUACCCCUGGGCAUGACCCGGCAGGCACGCGGAACUCCGUGGUUGCCAUUUGGUGAUGCCGCAACUUUGUAUGCUUUUGCACACGUAUCCAGCUAAUGGCGUAGUAGUGAUGAAGGCUGCGUGGUUUAAGGGCGAUUCGGAAGAGCAGUUAUGAAAGGGGCGGGUAGGUUUAUUUGCAGGUGUGACCUGUUUCCUGGCCCCUGGUUUUGUGUUUAAUGUUAGUCAUUUUACCUCAAUUCAUGUGCUUUCGUACCACUGGGUCUUGUGCGGGAAUACCGUCUCAUAAAGUCAACGAUUAUGGUUGGGCGAUACGGCUCAUCUGUGAGCGGGGAGACGAUGGAGCACAGGAGAUGUGCAGGGUUGAGGGAUGGCGCUGUGCAUUGCUGCGAGUGGAACAGGGUUUGUGGUGGUGACGUUGCACUGUAUUAGAGUAACCCAAAUACCUU